GUCUCCAUCCUGUCUGUCUCUUGUCUGUCUGUCUGUCUCCCUCCUGUCUGUCUGUCUCUCAGCUCGUGUGGAGGCCGGUCAGCGUAGAGUUCUAGAUGAAGCCACCAGACAGAGGAGACUGACCCGUCAGCUGGACGCUCUGGAGAAAGACAACUUCCAGGACGACCCCCUGUCCUCCCUGCCUCCCCCAGGUCCUACUGCCCGUCUUCCUGCCUUCAGUGAGACAGAAGAACCAGAGAAGAAGAAGAGGAAGACGAGGGGCGACCACUUUAAGCAGCGUUUCAGGAAGAACUUCACCACUCUGCUGGAGGAGGAGAACCUGUCGGAGAGGGCGGAGCCUAACUACCUGUCUGCUGCGGCCCCUCCCUCCUCUCUGCCCCCCCGUCACUUCUGCUGCGUCUGUGGUUUCCCGUCUCACUACACCUGCACCACCUGUGGGGGGCGCUACUGCAGCAGCAGGUGUCUGUGUACGCACAGAGAGACCAGGUGUUUGAAGUGGACGCUCUAACUGCUGCCUGGUCACCAUCGCGACGAUGAUGAUGGGAUGGCGCUUCCUGUGAACUGACGAACACACACAUAUGACGCUACAGCUGGUUAGCCUAGCUUAGCAUAGAGACUGGAAACAGAGGGAAACUGCUAGCUUGUUUAUGAACCUUUUCAUUACACUAACGAUAUAUUCAAUGUGUUGAGAGGAACAGGAACGUUAGCGAGCUAACGCGCCAACACGCUAGCAUGAGUUUAAAGCUAAUAUGAGCUGCUGUGUUCUGUUUAUUUUGUCCACCCCCUCUUCAUCUUCAUCAGCCAGAAACCUCAAUAUUCU